GUGUGCUAUCUUCCGCAAAGAAAUUGCGAGGUGAAAGCAAUGUGAAGCUUUAAAAACAUGAAAUGGAAAAAUCUCAGGGGACAUCUGAUAAAAUGAAUUUUCUUUCUUGUCACACAAUUUCAUAAGUGUCAAAAAUUCCACCCCAAAACUAAUUUCACACGAUUUUUCCUUGCCAUUGGCAUUAUCGAUGACGUGUAUUUUAACUGUGAGAAAGGGCUAAGGUUAAGGGAUGCGUGUCUUAACGCGUAAUUAAGUUUGUCAGUGAGUAUCAUUCGCGGCAGAUAAACAGUGAAAUAGUGUACCGCGUAUGAUGCUCCGGAACAUUAUUUCACAGCAUUCUGUGUUGUUUUUUGCGUUAACUGUGCUGUGGCCAGGAUGUUUACCAAGUGUUGACUUCUUCGGUGUUCUGGUUGUCUGAUGGCAUUGGAAUUAUUUUCCAGUUGAAAGUACGGGUCCUCUCCUCGAAAAUCUCGAUAAUUUUGACUUUGACAUUUUCUUUGAAGUUAUUGAACCAGAGGAAUUGGCUUAUACAUACAAAAUACGCCCAGCGAAAGAUUUUGGCAUCCCACUGGAACAUUGUGGAAACUCAGCUGCAGGCUUGGCACAUAUGUCUUUACCUUCAUCACUUAUGCUCAGCUAUUGUAUUCAAGCCAAGAGUCAUGAUUUUGAUACCAUUUGAACUACACAAAGAUCAGAAUAAAUCCUUUGCUGGCCAGGGGGUGGACCUGGUUCUUGUUUAUCCAGCUACUGGUUGCGGCUGGCCAUCAAAUGCCGAAGAAAUAGAAGGAAAUGUGGCUUUGGUGGAAAGAGGGGAAUGCUCUUUUUUGAGCAAAACUAUAAAAGCAGAAGAGGCUGGUGCAACAGCAGUGAUUAUUGCUGAUUAUGAUGAAGAGAAUGAUGGUGUUUUUAUAGAAAUGAUUGAUGACAAGACACAUAGGGAAGCUCAUAUACCAGCUGCUUUCUUAUUAGGAAAAAAUGGGCAUGUGAUACGAAGGACACUUGAACGUCUGAACAGAAAUUAUGCUGUGAUUAAUAUACCUGUUAAUUUAACAUUUAUUCCGUUACAUGAAACAAAUCAGCCUCCUUGGAUAAGAUGGUAGCUAAAUAAAUACUCAACAGCUGACCGAACUAGUCAUCAAACUUCAGUCGAGUAAAGUCAAGAAGACAUUGUUGAUAUUAACUCCAAUAAAAUUAUUUGUACAUUGUUGUCUUUAAUAAAUAUCUGACAUUGUUUGCAAACAUGA